UGAUAUAACAAUAGGUUGUGUUUUUAAAUACAAAUUAUAUGUUCAAUGCACGGAAACGUUUAGAUAAUGUACAAUUAUCUUUAUUAAACAUAGGUUCUCCAAAAUUUGGUAAAUGAUGUUCCAAAAGUACCUGAUACGCCUUAUUUGUGAUGUGUUAUGACAGUUCUAUAACAGCUGCCGACGAUUUCAUUUGAUUCUUCAGAAGUAGAUUCUGUUUCACAUAAGUUGUCCUUAUAAUAUGCAAAUGAAUUUCAAAAUUGUUAUUUUGUUUUAUUUUUCGAUUACAGUGUCUAACUUUGUUGUUGGGGUAAGUGUUUUUAAUUAUUUUGACUAUGAUAUAAUAUUAAAAAUAGUAAAAACUAAAUUAUUUUUCGAAUAGAUGUCGAGAGCUCAAGUAAAGAAGACAAUGACAAUUAUGAAAAAUCAAUGUAUGCCUAAAAAUGGCGUUACUAAUGAUAAAGUUGGUAAAAUCGAGCAAGGAGUUUUUCUAGAAGACCACGACGUAAUGUGUUACAUUGCAUGUGUAUAUAAAUUUGCUCAAGUUGUGAAAAAUGAUAGAUUAGAUAAGGACUUGAUUUGGAAGCAAAUUGAUAUCCUUUAUCCUGUGGAAAUAAGAGAACCCGUUAAGAAAUCCGUGGCAAAAUGUAUUUUAGUUCAAACUAAUUAUGAGGACGGGUGUGAAGGAAUAUUCCGUGCAGCGAAAUGCCACUACGAUGACAAUCCCGACAAUUUUAUAUUUCCUUGAAAUUAUUUAACCAACUGAAAUAUUUUGGAAGAUAACUAAAAAUAUAUUGUGU